AUGCGCCGUGAGCUGCUGAACUCUGCGCGCGAGAAGCGCGCGGUGCCCCACCCCCGCGACCGCUCGGUGCGGCAGCUGGAAAAGAAGGAGAAGCGCGCAAUCCGACUCGACGCGCACAAAACCAGGCUCAAGAUGGAGAAAACGCUGCAGCUGAUGCGUUUUUUCUGGUUCCGGGAGCAGUGCAUUGCUCUCGGCUACACCACUACUGCCAUCCCAGAGGAGACGGUCGUGCAGCUCGUGCAGCUGUAUGUGGAUCGCAACAAGGAGGAGAUGUCGGCCCUGCGCCUGCAGCGCAACCCACCGGUAGGCCGCAUUAAGGUUCUUGAAGCAACCCUGCAGGCCGAGGAGGAUGAACUGCAUUCAGCGAAGGGCCUUCGGGUGCCGAGCAUGACGGAUGCCGAUGACGUCGAGAUAUUGACAGAGAUAUGGGACGGAACACCGGAAACGGUUACGGUGGUGCCGCUGACCAGCAUUUCGAUGCAGCACCGCACGCCACCGACGAAGGACGCACUCGAGCAGCUGCUGCAGCGAUUGCGGCCGGUGGCGGAUAUCCGCAAGGAGGCACCCGUGACGUUGCCGAAGCGCGCUGUCAAGUUUCACGCCGCGCAGUCGCGCAAGAAAGUGUCGGUCAAGAAGACGGAGGACACCACGGCGAGUGUCAGGCUGCGCGUGAAAGCGCGCGAAGAGGCGAAACAGCAGAAGCGUCUCUCGGCGCAGCGGUCCGCCGCAAUGGCAAGCCGUCGUGUUGUUUCAGCGGAAGACGCCUAA